AUGCCACGUCGACCCCCAGAAGGUGGCGAUAUCUGUGCCAUUUUCAUCCAUGCCGGGGCCGGGUUCCAUAGCCACCAAAAUGAAAAGGUCCACCUCACCGCCGUCAACGAUGCAGCAAGAGUCGGAAUGGCCGUGCUGAAGAAUGGAGGCGAUGCUACUGACGCUGUGGAGAUGGCACUUCGCCUGCUCGAGGACAAGGAGAUCACAAACGCGGGAUACGGAAGUAACCUGACCAUGGAUGGAGGUGUCGAGUGUGAUGCUACGUUGGUCGAUCACUACGGUCGAAGUGGUGCGGUUGGGGCUAUUGCCCACGUCAAAAACCCUAUUGCUGUCGCUCGGCUUGUCCUCGAAGAGUCCACCAAGCCACUAUCCCUUCAACGAGUACCGCCAAACCUUCUUGUCGGUCCCGGUGCGACCGAAUAUGCAGCUGGUAAGGGAAUCCCGAUCCUUCCAGACGACUUUCUCGUCUCAGAGGGAGCCAAAGACCGGUGGAUCAGAUGGAAGCGGGAUCUGGAAAGAGUGCAAAAUGAAGAGGCAGAGAGGCGAAUGCAAGCCCAGCAAGUUGCAGGGAAUGCUUCCCAAGCUGAAUGGACUACUGCCGCAACCCCAUUGACUCCCAACGCAUCCCUCAGCAAACGGCCCAGCCUGUCAGGAAUGCCAACAAUGACUCGUCCUCUUGUGGCCUCCACAGCCGAUGUGCCUACUCUGCCCCGUCCUCUUCCCGACUCAGGGUCUCCAUUUCGCCGCCCCGGGACAAAUCACAACACGCCAGAUGGCAAUGCGUCUCAUGACCGCUCGUCGGAGCCUAGCUCCUCUCAAACUGCUACUGAUGACAGUCUGCCAUGGCUAAUGUCAGCGACCAAGCGUCAGAAAACGAGCGAUUCUUUCGAUGGCACGUCUUCUGAGGAGGCCGUUGCUGCCAAUGAGCAUGGAAAAGGCUUCGAUCCAUUGGUGGCGCCAGCCGAUAAAUAUGGCCGUGAAGACGAGGUUUACGACACAGUUGGAGCUAUCGCUGUCGACUGCUUCGGCCGAAUCGCGGCAGGUUCCUCUUCUGGCGGAAUAGGCAUGAAGCACAAGGGUCGAUGUGGCCCAGCUGCUCUUGUCGGGACUGGUACUGCGAUCAUUCCCGUCCAUCCACGAGACUCUAGCGAGACGUGUGUUGCCACAGUUUGCAGUGGUACGGGAGAACACAUGGCCACGACGACCGCGGCCGCCACUGCGGCUGAUCGGAUCUAUAAUGCUGUCCGUAAGGAAAACGGAAGACUCGUGCAAUGCAAUGAGGACGACGCAAUGCGUUCUAUCAUUGUGAACGAUUUCAUGGACCAUCCGGGUGUGGCUCACAGUCAUUGCGCUGGGGCGAUCGGCAUUCUGGCUGUUAAGAAGACCCGUGAUGGGGUCUAUUUCUACUUCGGCCACAAUACCGACUCUUUCGCACUCGCAUCAAUGCACUCGGAGGAACGAAAACCUGUAUGCACCAUGUCACGAAGUCGAGGACACGGAUCCAUCGCCCAGGGAGGAAGAGUCAGUCGGUCGAGGUUUGCUCGAACGCGUUGA